AUGAAAAAAAAAAUUUCGUGUUUCCUGUUGGCUGAGUUAUCUGCUGCCCUCCUCCUGAACCUGCCAGCAGAAAGUUUCCAGACUUUCUUUUGGACCGACUCAACAAUUGUUCUCGCCUGGUUGAACAAGCCACCCUGCCGAUGGACAACCUUUGUGGCCAAUCGAGUGGCCAAGAUUGUCCAAGCCAGCGACGCCAAGAACUGGUCGCAUGUGCGAUCCGAGCACAAUCCGGCAGAUCUGGCAAGCCGUGGUGUCCUGCCACAAGAAUUGGUUCGUAAUCCGUUGUGGUGGCAUGGACCAGAGUGGCUUCAUCUCCCGUCGGAUCAAUGGCCAUCUUCUCCAAGUCCCAUUCCGGAGACUCUGCUGGAGCAGCGGAUUAAAUGCAACGUCGCUAAGUCGCCUCCGACUCCCGACUUCCUGAGCAGGUUCUCUGAGUUUGGCAGGGCACUGCGCACGUCUGCCUAUGUUCUCCGAUUCAUCGAUAGGAGUCGGAAGUUGGCAGUUCCAAGCUCUACCGUGGUCCAGGCGGAUGAGCUGUCACGGAUCCAAGAGCGGCUAAUCGUCAUGGCUCAACGUCACACUUUUCCACAAGAAUACCAAUGUCUGCAGUCCAAGCAGCAGGUUCCUUCCUCAAGUUCAAUCCGAAACUUGAACCCUUUCCUCGAUGGCAAGGGGAUUCUACGGGCCUGUGGGCGUCUGAGGGCGUCCCACUCGCUGCGUUACGAUGAGAGUCAUCCAAUCAUCCUAUCGUAUUCCUCGUCCUUUGCACGACUACUGGUUCGUUUCACCCAUCGUAUAUCCUUACAUGGGGGUAACCAAGUCGUUAUGCGGCUGAUCCGUUCCAGGUUCUGGAUUCCCAAAUUGAAGGUCCUCGUUAAAUCCACCAUCAACUCCUGCAAGGUCUGCGUCAUCUACAAGAAGAGAUUGCAGACCCAAAUGAUGGGGGACUUGCCCAAGGAAAGGGCGUCCUACUCGAGACCUUUCACGCACACUGGAGUCGACUUCGUCGGCCCAUUCGAAAUAAAGAAUUACACUGGCCGAGCCUGCCUCAUCACCAAAGGGUACGUCUGCGUCUUCGUGUGCUUCAGCACGAAGGCGAUCCACUUGGAGGCAACAUCGGAUCUCACGACGGAGAAAUUCCUGGCCGCAUUCUCCCGUUUCAUCGCACGGCGCGGGUGUCCACACCAAAUGUAUUCGGACAACGGGAAAACCUUCGUUGGAGCUGACAAGGUGAUCUCCAACGACUUCUUGGAAGCGACGAGGGAGUGCAUCAUCGCACAACAUGCCCACAAGAGCCUAUCCUGGCACUUCAACCCGCCGGGCGCCCCGCAUAUGGGUGGUUUAUGGGAAGCCGGCGUAAAGAGUUUUAAGGCACUCUUUUACAAGGCGACCUCCACCUCGAAAUAUACGUUCGAAGAGUUGUCCACUCUUCUCGCUAAGAUCGAAGCCUGCCUGAACUCGAGGCCGAUUUCCCCUAUGUCCGAGGAUCCUGCGGACUUACUAGCGCUCACUCCUGGCCAUUUCCUCAUAGGUGGCCCUCUUCUUUCGGUGUUGGAACCACCAAUUAACCAACCGGCCACCUCCAUCCUCAAUCGAUGGCAGCGACUGAAGGCUCUUCACCAACAAUUUUGUUUCCGUUGGAAAGAUGAGUACCUGAAGGAGCUGCACAAACGGACGAAAUGGCAAUCCCCUACCCGGAACCUUCGGAUCGGUGACAUGGUCGUCAUAAAGGAAGACAACCUCCCCUCUAACGAAUGGCGCCUAGGACGGGUGCUGACGACGUGUCCAGGCACCGACGCCAAGGUUCGAGUGGUAGAUGUGCUCACGGCGCGGGGUACCAUCCGAAGACCCGUUGCCAAACUUAUUCUACUCCCGAUGGACAGCAAGACUGACCCUCCACGUCAGAAGGACUGA